AUGGCUUCUUCCCGCCAACUAAAUACUGACUACACGAGGAUUGGCAAUCCGACACCUACGUCAGUUGCGAUGCCAACCAAACUCACCACUACCCAAGCUUGUGACCGUUGCAGAUCCAAGAAAGUAAUCUGGGGCGUCCCGCAUGUCCUGCAAAAGGCUCAAGGCGCAACAAAACAACAGCUGCAGCCCAUCCGCACUAAACAUGUGUUUGGAGACCAAUCUACAGCGAGUUUUGCUGUUCCACAUCUGGAGUCCGCCGCCGGGAACCCAUCACCGCACCAGGUCUACCCGUCUUCAACGACUGUCCCAGGACUCUUCUUGACCGACCUGGAGCUUGCCCCGCCUUCCGCUGACAGAGACUCGUCUUCUCGAAGUCAACAUGCAUCGCUUGACAUACAGCUUUCGAUUGAUGAGGAACGUCAAAUCAUCGAGACGUUCUUCUCACAUGUGCAGCCAUCCAUUCCACUUCUGCUUCGGGAGCCCUUCAUGCAAAGAUACGAACGAGGUGAUGUGGAUUUGGACUUACUGCGAACACUUUUGGCGGUGGUCACAAAACUUCGAGGAAUCAGUGAUGCAUGGAAAGUCUCAAGUCCAGAGUCCUAUCUGCGUCGUCGCCUUGAUGACCAGGUUGGCGACGAACAGACAAUCAGUAGUUUCGCGACAUUGGAUAUGGCUCAGGAAUCGUGCUUGCUAGCCUACUACGAGUUCCACCAAUACCCAGGUCACAGGGCCUGGCUUCGGAUUGGGCGACUAGUGCGUGGGGCAUAUAUUCGUGGGUUGCAUCAACUAGACAAUAAGAAUCAACGCCCAUUAUAUGAUUCGAAGCCAUUUAUGGAGGAUGAGCGGGAGGAAUGGAGGCACAUCUGGUGGUGGAUUUACUGCCUCGACUCAUACUCUAACAUAACCGCUGCGACGCCUUUCUCGGUUGAGGUUGAAAGUAUCGGCACGGCCCUAUUGUCGACACACCCGUCCCUUCAUGGUCAGUCAGCAACAUCUACAUCAAUUUUUCUGCCGCCAGAGGCCGAUGUUCUUUGGACGACGGUGCAAGAGAUCGUGGCCCGAGGCCGAAGCACUGCUUUGAAUUUACAAAUAGUGAGUCAGACAGCUCUUAGGCGAGCAGCAACACUUGCUCGGCUUUGGCGACUCAACCCGUCAGAUCGGCUAAACGGACAACUUGAACUUUUGGAAAAUCAUGUCUCUGCAUUUCGCCUGGCAUUGCCCGUGCGCUAUCUCAGGCCCUCGAGGGACGUUGCUUCCAAUGAGUCAAGCUCUAAUCACCAUGCCAGAUUGGUCUUUCUACUGGAGCUCCACGUAUGUCGUCUCAUGAUAACUCUGUGCCUACUUCACAAAAAUGAGUCUGAAUGGCUCAGGAACUGGCAGGCAUCCCUUGAAAUGUGUGAGGAUGUGGUUUCAAUUGUCAGGCAUUGGGACCCGAAACACUGCACAUCAGUGGAUCCAGCGACCUGCCUUCUCAUUUUGCGGACUCUCAUAUUGAUACACUUGCAUGGCAAACAGUCGACGAAGUCCGAGCUGGAGCUCAAGUCAAAGCUUUCUAGUUAUGAAGAUCUGUUAUUGCUGUUCAUGGGGCAUUUUGCAACGACCUGGAAUCUACCGAGUUUCCUCAUCAACUCAUUCAACAAGCUGCGUAGUGUACUACCCAGCAAAUUAAGCUCAGCUGAAAUACGACAAUUCUUGAGACAUCACCAAGGACUGCUCCAUCAAAGUUGGUUUAAGCUGGUGUCUCUGGAACCAGAUUCGGUGCAUCCGCAAAUUCAGCUCGAGCCCGACACAAACUUGCCUUCAGAAUGGGAUUUGAUUGACUGGACAUCUUGGGCAAAUAUCCCAAGAUUGAAUUUCGAUUAG